AUGGCAAAAGAUACUUUGGAGCUCAUCGAUCAUGUUGGAUGGACAUCUCAACGUCAAUUGCAUGUUAUUGGAAUUAGCUUGGGUGGUAUGAUUGGUCAGGAGCUUGUAAUAAUUUCAUUCCAGUUUAAUAAGGAAAGCUCCUUGCUGAGCCCAGAUGUAGGCUUUGAUGACGUUCAACUCGACUCCAUAAAAGCACGCACAUUCAGUCAGCCCUGGCUCAACGAAACAGACGCAGAAGGCCAUUUUCCCACGAACGGCGACCGCUGGGCUGCCCAAGAACUGGCAAAACGACAAAAUGUCGAGGGUUUCACGAAAAAGGGCUUCAUUCUUCAAGCAAUAGCUGUCAAUUGGCAUCACAAGAGCGCAGCGCAGCUGAAACAAUUAGGGGAUCAAGUGGGGAGAAACAGAAUUCUGGUAAUCCAUGGGACAGAAGAUCGAAUGAUCACGCAGCCGCACGGCGAUUUGUUGGUGAAGGAGCUUGGUGGGGAGGAGAACGGUGUGACGCGGUGUGUGGCGGAGGGAAGGGGCCAUGGAUUACCAAUGGAAUGGAGAAGGGAACUUACAAAAGUGAUUGCGAUAUUUGUGGAGAAGACGGGGAAAUUGUAA